UCCAGUGGGAACGCACAGUGCGUUACCUAGGGGUGGAAAUCGACCGGUCGCUGCGUAUGACGCCGCAGGUGGACCGGGCCGUUACCCAAGCCAAGGCCGCGCGCGCUAUGCUGCGACCGGUCUUGCAAUCCAGGCUGCAGCUGCGGACGAAGGUAGGCAUUUAUAAGACCUACAUUCGUUCGCGGCUCACAUAUGCCGCCCCCGCAUGGUACGCACUGUGCUCGGCCUCACAGCGGCGGAGACUGCAGGUCCAACAGAACGCCGCCCUCCGUCUGUGCACAAAUGCCGGACGGUACGUCCGUAAUGACGUGAUCGCCCGCGACCUCAAGGUCCCAUCGGUGGAGCAGUUCGUCGUCCGGUUGACGCGCGCGAUGUUCUCGCGCGCGGACAGCGGGCGCGAAGCGCACCUGCGCGACCUCGCCCCUCUCCACGCGCGCCCACCGGACGCCACUCGCGCGCUCCCGCGCGACCGAGAGAACGCGCUAAGAUUGCAGACCGAAUUUGUUGGUGCAAAUUCGUCGCUGCAAUCCAACUGCGAUUGUCACCAAAGUGACUGCUGCCCUUCAGGGCCACAACCCACCUUCUUAGAAGGUUCGCAGUGGGGUUCCAACCCCCACACUACCCUCUCCAAUCCCGCAGGUGUCGCCUCACGGGGAGGACAAUGCGUCGGGACCUCACGGACCCGACCAAGCUCGUCCCCACCACCGAGUUGGGGACAUUCCACGCUCGCCCGGGAACCAAAGGUACCCCCCCUGCCCUCGCGGGAAGCGGCAAUGAUGCCGCCGACCGGGAACAAGGCGGGGGGUAACGGGAGCACAACCUGGCCCCUCGAAAAGGCGCACGCCGCCGUCGCCGUCGUCGCCGGCUCGAGGUGA